AUGAAUCCAAUUGUUCGUAAUUAUCUAUUCCGGCACCCACGAGGAAUAUCGAUAAGGUUAUCAGAAUCCAGAGUACAGCCGCCAUUGAACAUUGGAUUGGAUUUCCUUCGGAGUGUCUCUUCGGGGUCUAGGGUCACGAGUCUGGGAGAGGGCAAUCUUGGUUCUCAAUUGAAGAAGAACAAAAAUAGGAGGGUGAACAUCAAUCGAAAAGAGAUGGGAAGAGAGCGAAUGGCAACAGAUGGAGGAGGAAAAGAUGGAAAAGACAUAAAGCAAUAUCUAAGCCACAUAGAACGGACGGCGACAGAACCAAGGGAUGAAUCCCUUCAUAACUUCAUCCUCACACAAGUGACAAGUAUAAACUCCACCACUCGUCUCUUUUAUCUUUCGCCUCUUCAUCCCGCAUCUGAUUCCUCUCCCAAACAUCUCAACUGGAAACCCGGACAAUGGAUCGAUCUCUUUCUCCCGGGAAUACAGAGACCUGGAGGUUUUAGUAUUGUGAAUAUUCCUCCUUAUCAAUCUUCCCCUUCAAUUGAUGACUUGAAAGAGGAGAAAGGAACAGGUAUUGAAUUAGCAAUUCAAAAGCCCAUCUUGAAAUUAAAUUCUGGGGGGAAGAUAAGUGAACAGGUAGCUUGGUUAUUUCAGCCGUCAUCAGAAAUUCUUGGAAAGGAAGUGGCGGUUAGAAUUGGAGGAUCAUUUACCUGGCCUCCUUCUUUUUGGCAUGAGGAGGGAAGCAAAGGGCAUUGGAAGGAGCGGGUAGAUAAUGGAAACAGGGUGGUGUUUAUAGCAGGUGGAAUGGGUAUCAAUCCUUUGAUGAGUAUGAUUUCUUAUAUUCAUGCUGAAUUGGGAGAGAACAAAAAAAGAGGAGAAGGGAAGAAGGUAGAAGGUAAAGAAGUAGAUGAUGAAACUAAAAGAAAUGCGGAGGAAAAGAGAUGCGAAAAUCUUGAGGUUAAAUUCCUCUACAGUACCAAGGUACCGGCUUCCAUUCCAGCAGAAGGUGAUCGAAGAGGAGGAGAGACAGAAGAAGCGAUAUUGUUUCUCGAUCGUUUGCAGGAAAUCUUCAAGAAGAGGGAGCAAUGGGAUCUUCAGCUUUUUGCCACCGGCUCCUCACAAGACACUAUCAAGCUUUCGAAGACAACCCCAAAUUCAAAUAUGGAAACCCAUCAUCAAAGAAUAUCUAACAACGACAUUGACCUUAUUUUAGGAACAAUGGAGGAAAAAUCACGAACGAUAAUUUAUAUAUGUGGACCGCCCACUAUGACUGAUUCCAUGGUUUCUUAUAUUCGGAAUCUUCCUGGUAUAGACCCCUCACGAGUUUUAUGUGAGAAAUGGUGGUGA